AUGGAGGCGCCGCUGUCGGUGACGGUGUCCAUGGCGCCGUCGCCCGCCAAGCCCAAGCGCUCGCUGGACCUGCGCGACAUGAUGGACGAGCUGCCGAUGCUGGCCUCGCUCAAGGACCAGAAGUGGAUGGCCAGGCUGCCGCGCAACAUGUUCCCGGCGCUCAAGAAGAGUCCGCGCCACAACGCCGGCGACAGCUCGCCCACGAGCGGCUCCGAGACGGACACGACGCUCCUCUCGCCGGGUUUUCUGCCCACUCCACGGACGGCGAGGGCUAUGUCGGUGCUGGUUCCGUCGACGGACGAGGAGGUUCUGGACGCGCUGGACCCUCGCUUCUUCACGGAAAGCUUCGACCCAGUUGCACACAUGCUGGAAAACAUUCCGGAGAAUAAAACGGAGUUGAACGUGUUCUUGCGCACGGAGAUCAGCGCCGUGGAUGUGGCGAAGGACGUGAUUCUGACAAGGUUGCAGGACGACGUGCGCGCCAAUUACAACUCGCUCAUUCAAGGCAUGAAGGUGGUGCAGGAGGUGGACUUGGAUUUGGUGCGAGCGCAGAUCCACGUCAAGAAUGGACGGCGUCUUCUUGCUACAGCGAAGAAUGAUCUGAUUUUAAGCUCUUUAGAAAUUGUGAAGACGAAGCGAAACCGUGAUCGCGUUAGCGAGAUUGUUUCCUUUGGAUCUCAAAUCGUCAAUUUCUUUGAUGACGAAGAGAAGAUGAACGAGGCUCUGCAAGAACACCAAUUCAUCACAGCGGUGGACAUCUGUGUUGGUCUCCGGAAGGGCUUGUCACGCGAAGAGUUGAAGGCUUUAACAAUUCUGGAUGAAAUUCGAGUUCGAAUGCAGGAUUUUAUCCCGAGAUUGCGUAAACAGUUCGACCAGUCUUUGCGAAAAGUGGCGGGGCAUUUUGACCCUCUCGAGUACAAUGAGUUGCUGCAAGCGUACAUCACUCUGGCGGAUCACUCCGAAAACCUUGGGUUUGAGUUCUCGUCGUACACACUGAACGAAGUCCUGUCGAAUAUUCCCGAAAUUAUUGUGCGCUCCAUCGACGACAUGACGAGUGAAUUUAUGCGCCAAGUUUUCGAAGCCGUGUCACCGAAAAAACUGAAGGCUGGAAUUAAAACCAGUCAGCUCAAAGACAACAACGCAAGUAAAGCAGGGGACCCAGUAACACCGGCCUCUCAAACAGUCGAGAAUGUCAAGCGAUGCUACGAGCACCUCACCGACCUAAUGCACACAUACUACCUCUUAGUCCAAUGGCAUCGCGAUCCAUUCAAUCCGCUGAAUGACGAUGUCGCCUACCUUCAUCGCUGUGGCAUUGAUGACGAUGACGAUGAUGAUGAUGAUACCGACGAAGAUGAUGACCACGAUGAUAGAAGAUUUCACCAUUCGCACUCAAAACAUGGACAUGUGCUGUGCGAUACGGGAAUGACGUUGCUGAGGUACCGCAAAAUCGUUUGGGAAAGCAUUCAACAGAAUGUGCUGGAGAUGAUUGAAAAGCUGGACAUGGCUUACGGCUACAAGAUGGAGCAUAUCAUUGCGCUUUCACUUGCUACGACAACAUUUACCGAAAUUGGAGAGGAAUUUACGGGAGCGCCUUCAUCAAAAAUCCGCUCCGUUCUUCGGGUUAAAUGCGAGCAGUAUCUGCACGCAUUUCAUGACGAUAACAUCGAGUUGGCACGGAUGCUCCUGGAUACGGAAAAUUGGCUUCGUGUUACCGCGUCAACCACGGAUGGCGAUGAUAAUGCUGGUCUUCUUCGCCUGAUCGAGAAGCGCAGUGGAUACUUUUUUGAGCAGAAGUCAUCUGCGCUGAUCUACCCGUCAUCAGCUGACACCGGAAACUUGCUGCAGCAGAAUUCACCAAUGUCGAGGAAGGUGACACUACGCAAGGUGUCUCGGACACCAGCCGCUGUGGAGGAUGCUGACGAAAGUAAUUUGUAUGCGUUGGCUGAACGAUCGAUUGCGUGCGAGGCAAUCGUUGGUCAGUGCAGACUGAUGAAUGCCAUCGAAGAUUUAGCUCGGUCAUAUCUUCCUGAUCGAUACCUCUGCCUCAUGGAUGAGGUCUACGAACGGAACCGCACGAUGGCACGGGAGCUACGCAACUUCAUGUACAAUAGCAUCGCAACGAAGCUCGUGGAUGUCCCGGUACUUCUGGAUUCCGUUUCUGCUGUAUCGUGGGAUAUCCCAUACAUCAGCGAUCAACACAACGAGUACAUUGUACAUUUAGUGCAAAAGUGCGGUGAGGCCUGGGGAGGCCUGCAGAUCCUCGCUGAUGGAUCUAUUCCUCUGGAUGCCCGGGAAGAUAUUUGGGCGGCGAUGGUUCAAACCAUCAUGGAUACGUUGCUGCAAGCUUUUUCGACGGUGCCCAAGCCCACUCCGCAAGGCCGUGCUCUCAUGCUGCUGGACUUGCACGCGCUCCAGAAUGGACUUGACCUGAUCAAUCAUAUCAGCUCCCGAACGGUGCCUCGCGGUCGCGAAUACGUGGGGAGCUACAUCAAGGCCUUCUACUACGACGAGGACGAGCUUCUUGAGUGGGCCAAAGCUAACAAGACGUUGUACACGAAAGUCCAAUUCGCCAAUCUACUCAAAAACGGCAUAGGCUCGACCCUCGAUAUCAAGACGCUCCGCGAGCUAGUCUUGAAAAUUGAUGCGCUUAUCAGCUGA